AUGGAUGAGCCUGAACCCGAACUUCCUCCCUUUUCGUUUUCGAAGAAACCGGUAACGGUGUGUCAUGAUACUCCACCACACUCAGCGAUAUCAGAAAUUAUCCCUUCUUCGGCCAUACUGAGAGAGCCACAAAUUACGACCCCUUUGAUUCCAGGCACAACAACUCGACUAUACAACAAUAUUGAUUAUGACGAGCAAAUCCGAGCCCCUCGGAUGAAUAAUGCUAACUAUUACACGUAUCAAAAUGCCAACGCCAACGCAAAGGCAAAACAUGGGGGUUCGAUAUCUUCUAUGGGACGUCAGAAUACGACUGAUUCAUCACCAAAUAUCUCGGAAACUUCAUCCACAGAGCCAACCAAAUCACAUGAAGAAGGUGGCAACGAAGUAGUGUUUAACGAUAACGAGAACGAUACCGAUGACGACAAAUACCUGCCUGCCACUUUUGAUCUCACACAACCUACUCGAAGAUUCUCAGCCCCUUCUAAUUCACAACUGGAUGAGUCCCCCAAGACGACCAUUCUUAAUUAUACAACCAACAACUACAUAUACGAGAGGAACAAUCACCAGUUUGGACCUAAUAACAGGACCUUUAACAACCAAACCGCUGCUGCAACUAUCACCACUACCACUAAUAACGAUAGUGCAGCAACAACGGUUGUUGGUUCAAACAAAAGUGGCGAAGAAUUGGAUCCAAUAGCCAAACAAAAAUUGUUAAAGGCCUUGGAUAACCUUGAGAAUAAUACCACCACACAUGAAAGGAAAGAUCAAAGUUCAAGGAUCAGAAAUAGACCACAAAAUUUUAAUCUAAAUCAUCAUUUAUCCAAUCGGAGUGGGACUGAACUUCAACAAGUGUAUGAGUUAAAGAAGCCUCUCUGUAUACCUGCCGUAUUACGUCCAACUGCUCUUAACCAGCAAUCACCCGACAGUACAGAAACCCAGGCCACUGGUGGCAAUUCUAAUGGCAGUGUCAGUUCAAGUAGUACAAAUAUGUCUGGAGGAGAUACAUCUCCCGAACUUUCAAAUUUGGUUACAACUACUACUGCCAAAUCUACCGAUGGGAACUCCAACUCCCCUACCACCCCAUUUGUUGAUAUCAAGGCAUACCCAUUCCCAUCUAUGGUUGUAGUAAAACAACCAUCAACCGAUGAAUUUUCCACCAUGACUAUCGAUACCCCACAGGCCAAGGAACCAACACAUGAACAUUGGAAACCAAAUAACUUCACUUCGAAUUGUAUGAAAUGCUUUGAUCCAUUUGGCAAUUUUUUCACUCCUCAACGGAAAAGAAGACAUCAUUGUAGAUUUUGUGGGUUCAUUUUCUGUUUUGAUUGCUUAUGGCAUGCCGUUGGAGGUCUAGAUUUCACUGAAUUGAAUGCUUCUGGAAGCACUUCAACUAGUACCAAUGCUACUAACAGCAGCAACAAUAGUAGUAAUACUACCACUACUACUUCUAAUAAUAAUAAUAAUAUUAAUAUUAACACAACACCCACACCUGGAAUGUUAUUAAGGACUGUAUCUAACACUUCCAUGACUCUGAAGACUACUGAUAGCGUUGGUGGAGUUUUACUUGAUGGUACUGCCAAAUUUGUGAUACCAAUUUUCAGUGAAUUACAAAAGCAAGAAAUUAAUUCCCUGAUUGAUUCAUAUUUCAAGUAUUGUAAAGUGUGCAGAGAUUGUGGAGGGAAGUAUCAAAAAUUAGUGACAGAUUUAAAUAACGAGGAAAAUGGUACUGGUGCACCAUUUGUAUUUGUUGAAAAUCCAUAUUUGUUACGGAGUAAAAAGGGUAAUAGUCCAGUUAUCCGUCCUUCCGAUUCAAGACAACGAUUGAUUGAACGUGGACGUCAAAUGAGUGGGAUCACUGAGAAUGAUCUUCCUGAACGAGAUUUUGAUCCAUUACAAAAACUGCAAAUUUCAAAUGUACCUUCGGACUGGAACUGGAGUUCAUUUUAA